UGGAGGUUCAAGCAAGAAAGCUGCAGAGCCCACCACAUGGGAACCAGGACUGGGGGGGCUCCAUCUAUGGGGCAAAUCCAGAGCAGAGAUGACGUGAGAGCUGAUGUGCACCAUAGCAGAUCUGGUAACCAGAAAAGGGAGACCACACAGCCAAAUUCCCAGGAGCAGUCUCAGAAACAGCACAGUUCUCCAUGGGACCAUGCCAGCCAUGACCAAGCCUCUGGUUCUAAAUUAGCCAAGAGACAGCAGCAAAAUCAGACGCCAGCUGGCAGUUCUUAUGGACAAGCCGAAGUCCAGCAGAACAUAGCGGGGAACAAGCACAGGGAGUCCAAGCAGCCAAAUAACCAGGAGCAGUCUGAGAAAGAACACAGCAAAUUUCCAAAAGCCUCUGUUUCUAAACCCACAAAGGCGGCGCAGAAAAAUCAGGCAUGUCCUGCCAGUGCUUAUGGAGAAGAGACACUGGAUAAACUGAAGAUGAAAAGGGUAAUCCCCAAAAUCAUUGUCACCGGGCCCUUGGAUGAGGAGAUACUGAGUGCUUCCGAGAAUGCUUUGCCGGAGUCCAAACCCAUCAAGGAUAUAGCUGACAGCAGGUCAAACGUGCACACAAAACCCAGCACCGGGGAGGCUCACCAAGUGAAGAAAGAAACAGCGUGAGCUCUGGAGAGCAGCUAAUGCUCACUGUGACAACUCAGAGACACCAGGAUGUGAUGAAUGCCACCAAGUAGGGGCUGUGAAACAACUCGGGCCCCCACAAUUAUUAAACAGGAAUCCAGCACAACAACUUCUCCCAUGGUCUCACUUUCCUCAGCUCCAUAGGAUAGCUGGAGGAGAAGGAGAGAAAAUAGUGACAUUUAAAGGUGACCUGAAAAGCUUGCUUCAAAAUAAAUAUCUGUAGUAAAUGGCGUAAACUUGCAAGUCAAUAACAGACUACAUGUCUGGGCAGACACGAUAGAUCAUCCCCAUGCACCCUUCACCCCAAAUGAUUCCACAGCGUCUGCAUGCAGCACCCUGGAAAUGCAGCCAACUUUGAAGUGGACAGCAGCAGCCAACUGCAGAGGCUGAGGGAGAGGGGUUUGGGGCUAGACACCAAGGCCAAUCCCUAUCUUUAUGGGAAGUCAUUCACGUGGUUUUCAAUGUCUCCCCAGAGUAGGGGAACCUUGUGUUUGAGAGUCCAGCGCGCCGCAACCUACAUACCAGACCUCAGAAGUGCUGAGUUAAUCCCGCCACUGGGGUUUGCACCUGGUCAUUUCAGACCCUAUGGUUAUAUGACAAACACACAAUCAGAAAAUCAUUUCCUCCUUCAUUUAGAUCCCAAGAUCCAAGCUUAGGGUUCUAAGCUACUCCAGCAGCAUCUUAAGCAUCUAAAUCGAAAAUACUCCCAGCCCUUUGGAUAUUGGUGAUACUAGCAGCUGUAGCCAAGGAAACCCAGAAGAACCGUAAGCUCAGGUUUUGGCAGGCUAAAAGGCCUUUCAGUUCACCUUUUAAUAUAAAAGCCAUAAUCUGUUCAUCUGGCACCAGCACCACUAAGAAUAAGAUUUUUAUGAGAAUCCUCAAUUAUAAAAUAUUUGUGUUAAAAAAAAAAUACAGGUGAAGUGUGUGUUUUUAGGCACAUACCUAAAUCCCCUGUGAUGGAUCAAAUUUACGUUUAAGCAAGUAUUUGCCAAGAAGUGCUGCUUGGGACUGAAAGUUGAUUUUUCCAGCACAUAUGGUUUUAUAAACGCUCCCCCCCAAUCAACAUACCCCCGUGUUCAGAAUUUUCCGCAUCUCUGGUGGUCACAAAAAUCUAUUUGCUCACUUCUUUCAGCGGGAUGAUAAUGACAAAAAUGAAGGACAUUUUACUUGCCUGUUUAUAACAUUAUAAAUAAUUUGCCUCCCCUGAGUAAAAUCUUGCCAGGCUAUCCUAUUGAGUUUUUAACAAUGUAUUAACUGGACUGCUGGGGAGCACAGCCAGACAUCUAAUAAUGAGUGCACUUUGCACUACUAGAGCACCUUCCAUUCGAGGAUAUCAAUGUGCUUUACAAAUACAAAUUCGAACACAUUCUUGGAAGAUCCGUUGGUAUCAUUAUCCCCAUUUUACAGCUAAGGAAACUGAGGCAGGUUACUCAGGAAUUCCACAACAGCCAGGUGUGACCAAGGGUGCCUGGGGAGGGAUGUUAGGGUGUAAACAACAGACUGUUUAACCGAGAAGCGACUGCUUUAUUGGCUAAUGGUGUCAGUUACACUCAGCCUCCUACGGAGACAACUUCCCUGUGUCUGGGCAGUGAAGCCUUGGAGCUGGGUGGGCAAGAGCUGAUAGUCCCACUCCCAGGAGGCUUCGCUGUGGGCUUUAUACUGCAGAGCCCACAGUGCAUGUAACUGCUGAGAUUUUCAGCGGUUACAUGGUUACCUUCUUGCACCAUUUUUAACAUCCCGAGCCUGGGAUAGCCCUCACUGGAAAAGCCAAGCUCAGGGCAGGCUGCAAAAGCAGAGCAGAUACUCUCGACAAUGGUGUGUCCCACUGAAGUUAGAGUCCCCAAAUAGUCACACAUUCUGCUUCUGAUCUCCCACACUGAUGAUCAAGAAGCCAAAAAGAAAAUCGUGCAGGCCCCAAUAUAGCACUCCAGUUCUUUGGCUCCAGUACUAUAAGAAGUUAUUUUGAAACUCAGCUCACACGUGCAAAAUGUUCUUCUGAUUCCAAAGGGCCAGCCAUGUUACUCGAUCAGUAUAGGUGUGGAUCUUACCCAAAAUAUCAUGCUGCUGGCCAGUUCGUUAGGAUCUAAAACUACAAGUUUAUAAUAAUAAAAAACAAACACACACACAAACAAGAAAAAGAUAUGAAAUGGUAAAGCAGUCAGAGCACAUCUACACAGCAGGGCUAAAGCCGAAAUAAGCUGUGCAACUUGAGCAA